CCUGCAGACCUGCUCCGUAUCUACUAAACAACAAGCUUCCUCUUUUGUGACCCGUUCAGAUUCUUGAAAAUAGACAGAAACAUUGCAGCAAUGCCUCCUCCUGGUGCAUGCCUGAACAUUAUGGAGGCUCGUCACAAGCAGAAGGGAUAUGGGAGCAUCCCCAACCCUGAGAAGUUCUUUAACCAAGACUUCAAGAACCUUAAACAAUACUGUCUCACCAAAGGAGUAAGGUACGUCGAUGACAUGUUCCCCCCCGAUGGAAAGUCUGUUGGCCAGGGGAUACUGAAGCCCUCCGACCUAGCCCGCGUGAAGUGGCUAAGACCUGCACAAAUUGCUCCUGAUGCUGAAUUUGUGGUUGAUGGUGUCUCCAGAUUUGACAUUGGUCAAGGUGUACUUGGAAACUGCUGGUUUCUUGCAUCAAUCGGCGCGCUGACUUUCCAGAAUCACAUUUUUGAACAAGUUGUUCCCCUCGACCAAAAAAUCAAAGAGAACUACUGUGGCAUUUUUCACUUCAGGUUCUGGAGAUUCGGGCGGUGGGUGGACGUCGUCAUUGAUGACAAGUUGCCGACGAUCAAUGGCAGACUAAUCUUUGUUCACUCCAAAGAUCCAAAUGAGUUCUGGCCUGCUCUGCUGGAGAAAGCUUAUGCUAAGGUUUGUGGUUCCUACACCGACAUGACUUCUGGAACUCCUUCAGAGGCUAUGAUGGACUUCACCGGUGGCGUCCACGUGUGCGUCCAGCUGUCGGAUACCAGUUCAGAUGUGUGGGGGCUGAUAUGCAGAGCUGGCAAAUCCAACACAUUGAUGAGCUGUGGUACACCUCAAGGGGAAACAUCUGCUAACACCAUUUUGCCAAAUGGACUGGUCCAAGGGCACGCCUACACUGUGACAGGGGUUAAAGAGCUUAUUAGCCAAGGAAAAGUUGUGAAGCUGAUCCGUUUGUGGAACCCCUGGGGCAAAGGAGAGUGGGAGGGAGACUGGAGUGAUCGGUCCCCCAUGUGGAACACUGUGAGUUCUCAAGACCGCCAAAAGUGCCUUUCAGUGGCCGAUGAUGGAGAGUUUUGGAUGACUUUUGAAGAUUUCUGUAAGUUCUACACAGAUCUUGACAUCUGUGGCCUGAAACCAGACUUCAUAGAUGGAAAAUCCUCUGCUCAGUGGAAGACCUCUGUGUACGAGGGUCGGUGGGUUGCUGGAACCACUGCUGGAGGCUGCAUAAAUAACAGAGACACUUUCUGGACAAAUCCACAGUAUCGAAUUAAGGUCGAAGGUGAAAACUCAGAGACCAAUGGGGAGAAAAACAUCCUAGUGUCUCUCAUGCAAAAGCCUGACAAGAGGAACAGACGCCUGGUGCAGAACCUCCACAUUGGCUUUUCUGUAUAUUUAGUGACCAAAGAAUACAAGAUGCAAAGUGGGAAGUUUCCAGCAAUCUUCUUCAACACCCAUCUGCCUGUUGCUCGGAGUGAUAAAUACAUGAAUGCCCGUGAGGUGAUAGAGUUCCUUAUGCUGAAGCCUGGUGAAUACCUGAUUGUGCCAUCCACCUUCAAACCCAAUGAGACAGCCUCCUUCAUCCUCACCAUCCACUCAAGAGAAGAGACAUGUUGCUAUGAGAAUUCAAAUGCAAAUGAGCAGAAAUAUGAGCCAGUUGAAAAGGGCACAAAAGUAAAAAUCCAUCAGGACGAUGAAAACAAGAAAACAGUCUUCCGUCAAUACUCUGACAAGUAUGAAGAAGUGGAUGCUGAGCAGCUCCAGAGGGUUCUAAAUGAAAACAUCCUGAAAGGAGACAUGAAAUCUGGAGGGUUCAGCCUUGAUGCCUGUCGCAGCAUGGUGGCUCUAAUGGAUACGUCAAUCACAGGCAAACUAAACAGUGAGGAAUUCGUCCGUCUGUGGAACAAGGUCACUAAAUACAAGGAGAUUUUCUUCCUCACUGACGUUUCAAAAACAGGAACACUGUCACUGAGUGAGCUGAGGAACGCAUUUCUAGCUUCAGAAAUAAGGGUUGGAGAUGACAUGCUCAGUCUGAUGGCUCUGCGCUAUGGCGCCUCCUCUGGACACAUGACACUGGAGUGCUUCAUCAGUCUCAUGAUUCGCUUGGACUGCAUGAAGAAAAUCUUCAAACAGUUGUCUGAUGGAAAAUCCAUUAAUCUCAAGGAGUCAGAGUGGAUGUACGUUUCCAUGUACACUUAAGCCACCUGAAAGACAGAUGCACGUUUUAUCUGGAAAGCACAAGGAGAUAUUUCAAAAAACUUGUUUUCUGUGAAUUAGCUAUAACACUUUAUUACUUUGAAACAACUAAACUGUGAAACUACAACAAACACUAUCAUAUAAAGCUGUAAACCUUAUGCCUCUUUGCAUAUUAUGUCAUGCAUAUUAUAUCAAUGACUGAAUAACUGCAUUUUUUUGUGAACAGUAUUGCAAACUUGUCGAUCUGUGUUUUAUAAUAGAAACAAAAUACAGAUGUUAGUGAAUGACAUGGGACUAUUGUAUCAGUCAAAAAUGAAUGAAGUGGAUGGGAAAUUAAACUGAUAAAAUAAGUACAAAAACUAGGAAAAUGGAAAUUCAAAGGAAAAAAAUGUCAAAUUUAAGUAGUACAUUUGUUUUUAUAUGUAGUUUUCUAUAUCAGCUGCUUUUUAAAAUUCAUUUUAUAUUGGGGAAAGGAAUUAGCAAACUUCAGUGGGUCAGUUUCAAUCCUAAGCUAAUAGUGAGAGGUUGCGUUCUCCUUUGAAUAAAGCAUUUCCUUUGUGAUCUUCAUCAGUUUUUUUUCCAGCAGCUGGGAUUUUUUUUUUAAAAUCUUAUCAUUUGUUUUGUGGGUUUUCAUAUAUUUAGCUGCAUAGCUGCCUGUUUAAGUUUACCUUUCUGGUACCACUUUACAAUAAUACUCCCCUUAUAGAUGGCUAAUAAAUAGUUUAUAGCUAUGUUAUUAAUUAAUCUGUAAAUGCUUUAUAAACCAUUAUCAAUGGUUUAUUAUGUAUUAGUUAAGGGUGAGAAAGAGAAAAACCUGACCGGUUUCUUGCCAAAUAGUGAGCCAAAUGUGUUCACCUAUAUAUUUCACCUAGAGUUGCUAUAUUAAAUAUUUCAGACUAAGUUACUAUCUUGUAAGCACAAUCAGCAUUUGUAAGCAUAUUUUUUAGCAUAUAAUAUUGUACUUCAUAAAUGCAUUAUAAGUAUCCACAACUAUCA